AUGGAGAAAAACUUAUUCAACGGCCGGAUUUCACCUUCCACCUCCUCCGCCGGUGCUGGUUCCCACCACGCCGCGUCGGCGAGAUCGGCUUCUCCUCCUCUCCAACCAAACUACAGUAGCCUGGCCGUUCAACUAGGCUACAAAUUAGUCUCAUUCUCGCUGUUAUUCUUUCAGAAAGCAUUGGAACAUCUGGCAUCAAUUGAUUUAAUUGAGCUGUGCAGUGAAUCAAAAGUUGAGCGCUGUCGGGCAACCAGAGAUUUGAGGAGUUGUGGACGUUAUGUGCAGCAUGUAUUGGACUCAUGUGGGCAUGCUUCCUUAUGCAAAGAGUGUAGUCAAAGAUGCGACUCCUGCCCAAUUUGCAGAAUUCCCAUCCCAAAGAAUGACAGUAGGCUUCGUCCUCGACUUUACUGUGAGUGCAUAGAGGCGGGCCUCAUCUCCAAAAGAUGUGAUGAGAGAUUUCAAGAGAAAGAAGAUGGUGACGAUCAAUUGACUGCAGAUGUGCUCCGUCUCUAUGCUUUGUUUGAUGUUGCUAUGGAGAAUAACCUGGUCUCAUUGAUUUGCCACUAUGAUCCUGCAGCAGAAGACAUGGGUAAAAGGAUUGGUUUACUUCUCAAGCUUUCAUCCCAUCUUGGUGAGAUAUCCAAUGUGCUAGAAGUUCUGGAUUCAUCAUUUAAAGGAAGCUCUUCAGCACAACUCAACGACUUGCAGUUUCUGCAUGAAAGUGUCUCAAAGGCAAAGCAGGCAGGUUCUCUCUUCAUUGAAGAUGCUUUAUCAAAUAUUGAAAUUCCUCAAGGUCAUCCAGAGCACACGGAAGAAGAAUUGCGGCUUGCAUCUUUGCAGAAGGAUAGAGAGUCACUUUUCAGGUCUAAACUAGAGGGACUGGCAAUAUGCUAUCCUUUUGAAAGCCUCCAAGCUGCUGUUGAUGCGCUCUUUCUAACCGGAAGUUCUGACACGGUGGUUGCGAAGGAGGCAAUUGUAUCCUAUAUGUAUUAUGCACACGUGAAUUUGGUGGAUCGAAUGAUUGAAUUGCCAUGGAAUUCGGACGAAGAGAAGUAUCUUCGUAAGUCUCUUCUUGAUUGUGCCAUCCAUGAUCCUUCAACGACUACUGGAAAUCUUCUUGUAGUGUACUAUCUUCAGCGAUAUCGUUACACUGAGGCAUAUGAAGUCGAUGUCAAGCUUCAGCAUGUGGAGCAGGAUUUCAUCUCGAUGAAUUCAAUUGAUGAAGGAGUUCUAUCAAGAAUGAGGUCGACAAGUCACUGGAGGUCUGCACUCGUUGAGAAAUCUAUGCAGCUGUUGUCCCCGAUUCAACAGCAACUGGUUAAGGAUGGUAUUCUUAGAAUCUGCGGCUCUACUCCUGAUGAAGAGAUCGAUCCACCUGGAAAGUCCAACGCUACAACAGAAGAACACCCGACUUUUUCAAGCAGUUUUGUGGUUCCCUCAAAUAUAAAGUCUUCUUAUAUUGUUUUACCUUCAGAAUAUGCUAAUCCUCCAUUCAAAUCAUCUCUUCAUCAUCAAACUCCAGCAACCGUAGGUGGAUCGAUGACAGCCAAUCGCCGGUUUGAUAAUGGCAAUUACGGCACUCCAGCAGGGUUGAAGAAUCACCACCAAGGCAGCAACAUCAGCAGAAACUUAAAAUUUGACGAUGUCUCAAAUCCCAUGAAGGGGACGAGCAGAUCUUCAAACCGACACCUGCAUCACUACCAUCAACAGGAUAGUUACACCGAAAUUGAAACAGAUGGGUUUGAUGCGACUUCUGUAAAAGAUCCCAUGGAUGUUGUCCCUAUGAGAACAAACGCACCCUUUGUUCCAUGGAUUAACCCCACGUCUCCUUUGACGUAUUCCAGUGGUGGCAAGAAGGCUUCUUUGAUCGACAAGAAGAUCAUAAAUGGUGGGCCUAGAUGGAGGUCUGAUGAAACCAGUGACGAAGAAGUGGGAGAAGAGAGUCCUGGUAGAGCUGCUGCUGGUUUCACAGUCCCUUGGAGGGGUAAUAGAAGAGUUAGGGUUGCCAGAAGAUGA